AUGAGCUUUAGCUCAAACACUCUCUUCGAUAAUGCUCAAUCUUAUCUUGGUAUCAGAGAAAGGCUUUAUCUACUGAGAUCAUGGAAGAGAGGUGUACUUAGAGCCCUCUCAGUGAAGAAUAAGGUUGGCUUCAUAACAGGGAAGUGUCAGAAACCAGUAAUUGGACAUGCAACCUUUGAUCAGUGGGAACGAUGUGAUGAUGUGGUGACUUCGUGGCUUCUGAAUUCUCUUUCAAAAGACCUAGCGGACAGUUUACAAUAUGUAAAUGAUGCAAAGGAGUUGUGUAUACAGAAAGCUGAGCAAGACAGAAGACUGAUACAGUUUUUGAUGGGGUUAAAUGAGGUGUAUACUGUCGUAAGAGGGAGUAUACUGAUGGUGAAUCCUCUUCCAGGUAUUGCACAAGCCUUCUCUAUCCUCAUACAAGAAGAGAAGCAAAGAAAAGUUAGGCCACAUAAUCAACAGUUGGUAAUUGAGUCUACAUCACUGAAUGCCAAUGGCCCAGGAAAUAACAGUUUUAGAACCAAUUAUAAUCAACACAUGAGUACUUCCUUUGGUGGGAACAACAGCUAUGGAAGAGGUUAUAUGGGAAAUAAACCUAGGCCAUUCUGUGAUUUCUGCAAGAGACCAAAGCACACCAAGGACAAGUGUUACAAAAUCCAUGGUUAUCCACAAAACAUGAAGUACAACAAUGGUAAUAGGGGAAGAAAAAUGGCAGCAAAUGUAUUUGACACAACUGACAAUGGAGCAACCUUGACAGAUGAAGGGGGAAAUUCUCAGGAGCAGGGUAGAACCAUGCAGCAACUAACCAAGGAACAAUAUGGACAACUGCUGAGCAUAUUGGAAAGCUUCAAGAGUGGAAAUAAUGGAGACAACUCAGGAAACAUCAACAUGACUGGUGGUGCUGUUAACUUUGCAGGUAUGACUGCUUGUAACACUUCUGUUGAUCCAAGUGCACAGUCUUAUGAAAGUUUUAAAGAGAAUGCUGAUUCCUGGAUCCUUGACUCAGGAGCCACUAACCAUAUGACUUAUAACAAAGCCUCUUUGAGUAACAUCAAAACUCUGGUUUAUCCUUUCCUAGUUUCUUUGCCAAAUGGAUAUAAAGUAAAAGUGACAAUAGUUGGAGAUGUCAUUCUCAGUCCUCAAUUUACCCUAAAAAGAGUCUUAUAUGUACCUAGUUUCAAGUUCAAUCUGAUUUCUGUUCACUCAUUGACAGUUCAACUUGAUUGCAUCAUCAUAUUCACUAAGUUUUCAUGUAUCCUUCUACAGGGCCUUUCACUGAGGAGGCCUCUGGAGAUUGGUAAAUUCAGAGACAGCCUUUACCUUCACUAUUCAAAUUCAAGAAAGAACAGUUCUUCUAUCAUACCACUCACACACAAAUCUGCACCUAGUGCAUCCACCUCAGGUAGUCAUAGUAUCAAUAAUGUACAUUGUCAGCACCAUCUUUGUAAUUCUGCACCUAGUGCAUCCAUUCCUCCUCAUGUUUGUGACAAUAAAAGUGUACAAGUUCCUUUGAAUUCCAAUAGAACUUCUUUUGACAAAAUAGAUUCAGUGUGCAGCACAUGUAGACGUAGUGACGAUCAUGUGGAUCUCUUGUGGCAUAAUAGGCUAGGCCAUGUACCUUUUAUCAAGAUGAAGGGUAUCAAUUCCAUACCUAUAGCCUCUGCAAGCAAACAACCUUUUAUGUGUUCUAUCUGUCCUAUGGCUAGGCAGAAUAGAUCUCCUUUCCCAGAAAGAACCACUUCCACCACCAAAGUAUUUGAACUCCUCCAUGUGGAUAUGUGGGGCCCUUAUCAUGCACCAACUCAUGACAAUCACAGAUAUUUCAUCACCCUAGUUGAUGACUAUAGUAGAUGUACUUGGACACAUCUCUUGACUAGUAAAAGCAAUGCCCUACAUGUCAUAAAAGCUUUCUGUGCAAUGGUCCAAAACCAUUUCAAUACCUCAAUAAAGACUAUCAGAACUGACAAUGGUCUGAAGUUUGUGAACACUGAAACAACCAUGUUUUUCCAAGCCAAAGGGAUCUUACACCAGAAAGCUUGUCCUUAUAGCCCUCAAUAG